UGGAGGUGCACAAUGGAGAGAAAGCAAUGCUGAUGAGCGUUUGCUACACAUCUUAGGCCGUGCAAGAACAGACGAGCAGACAAAGAAGAAAAAAAUGGAUUACAAAUAUGACACCGGACUAGAACUGCUGUUGGCUCAUAUGAAUGUAGAGGACAUCAUCAACGCAGCAGAAACACUGUAUCAGCUUGAGGAAGAGGAAGAAGCUGGUUUGUCUUUUGAUGAAGAGGGACUUUCCCAGGAGGAGAUGGAUGAAAAUGAGGAGAUUCUGGUCAGAGUGGGUCCAGGGAAGGAGCAGAAGGACUAUGGUAAUGGGGUUGGGGGUGUCCGCUAUGGGACGGUGCAGGACCUGCUGUCUUUUGUGAACCUCCUGUCCAACAUGCAGACUGCAGCUCUGCAGCACCUGCCUGAGGAGAUAGGAGUCCUCCUAAAUAAGAAGGAUAUGGCCGUUCAAAAAGGCCGCUACCAGAUUAACAUGGAUGUUCUUCUGUUUCCAUGGACAUUAACCUACAAAAAUCCCGGCCCUGGCCUCGUGCCCAAGGGCUCAUUUGGGAAAGUCCACUUAGCUCAGGACAUCAAGACCAGGAAGAGAAUGGCCUGCAAACUGAUCCCCAUUGAGCAUUUUAAAGCAGCUGAUGUGGAGUUCCAGGCCCGAUUCCGCCAUGAGAACAUCGCCGAGCUGUAUGGCGCCCUGCUCUGGGACCAGAACGUCCACCUGUUCAUGGAAGCUGGGGAAAGUGGCUCGGUCCUGGAGAAGCUGGACAGCUGUGGACCCAUGAGGGAGUUUGAGAUCAUCUGGGUGGCCAAGCAGGUCCUGCGGGCGCUGGAGUAUCUGCAUUCACGCAAUGUUAUCCAUCAUGACAUCAAACCCAGUAACAUCGUCCUAAUGUCGGACAAGGCCGUCCUGGUCGACUUUGGUCUGACAGUGCAGAUGACAGAGGAUGUAUACACCCCCAGAGACCUCAGAGGAACAGAGAUGUACAUGAGUCCAGAACUGGUUCUGUGCCGAGGACAUAACACCAAGACGGACAUCUACAGCCUUGGCACAACCAUAAUCCACAUGCAGACUGCUAGCCCUCCUUGGGUCAGGAGGUACCCACGAACCGCCUACCCAUCUUACCUCUACAUUAUCCACAAGCAGGCGCCGCCUCUGGAGGACAUACCGGAGGACUGCAGUGCAGUAAUGCGGGCCUUUUUGGAGCGGGCCCUAGAGAGGAACCCCACCCUGCGGAGUUCUGCGUCCGAGCUUCUGAAGGACGAGGCCCUGAAUCCUCCCAGGGAAGAUCAGCCCCGCUGCUGGAGCCUUGACUCAGCUCUGGAGGAAGCCACCCACAUGUUGCAGCGGCAGCCUAGUCAGCACCACGACACCACGCAGGAAUCCUCUCUUUACUCUGAAGACUCUGGCCACUUACGGAGGAAGGGCUCUUUGUACAUAGACUUGGGGGCCUUGUCAGGCUACAGCAAGCUGGUGGCAGGACCUCCAGCCUCUGAAUACGGAUAACCGUAUUCCUCCAAAAGAUUGAUCUUAGCAGAACUGUAAAGGCCAGUCGCUCAUUUGCUUUUAGCUUUUGAGUUGAAACUUCCAGAGAGCUGCAGGCAAUAUGACUCAUGAAUAAAACAGGAGACAUGGUGGCCACAUUGAGCAGACUCUGUAUUUUAGGAGACAGCAGCUGUUGUAACAUCAUAUUUAGGCUCACAUUUACCGUUAUUUUUAAAUGGUCAUUCUCUUUAGGAGGGCCUGUUGAAGGAUGAAAGUGCUGCAUCCACUUAAAGUCAUGUGUCAGUUAAUAGAGGGAAUUUUCUUUCCACGGACUAUAAUCAUGCUCAUCUGGGGGAGUUAAAUUGAUCAAUGUUGCAAUAAGGACUUGAGGCAGAGCAUUUUUAAUCAAGCCUUUACUAUAACUGCCAACUUGCUUCCUUGUUGGCUUUAUCUUUUUAUUUAAAGCGGACACAUGUAUGUUUUGUUUACGUAUUGUCAUAAGUCUGAGCUGAAUUCUCACAUCCUUAUGUUCUAUAAAAAGAGAAAUUCAUACUGAAUUAAAAAAAAAAUUUUACAAACAUAAAUAUAAAUUGGGAUUAAGUCAGACUUAAAGACAAUAUUUAAUUUGUGUAACUUCAACACAUCUUAAUGCCAGAAAUCCCCUUUUUGGUACUAUAUUAUUAUAGUUAUGUUGAGAUUUUUCUGCCAUAUUGAAAAAUAAAUUCUUACGUGCUGCUUAGAGUAAAUAAGUUCACCUCUUAAAAGAGAUUUCCAGUUAACAAAAAUAGGCUAAAAACAGAAGGGCCAAAGGAUAAAUAAAAAAGAGAUGUGGCUUUUUCAUAGAGUACACAGCAGAACACUGGUUAUUGAAGUAUCAUUGUGUGGAGGAAAGCGUUAUAUGUUAUCUGUACCUCACUGUGGUAGUAAUCCAUGUACAGCUUCUCACCAGCUCCAAGGCAUAGCCUUUACAGAUGCAAACUGCUAAAAAAAAGUAGUGAACGAUUAAAAGGGAUCAACCACUUGCUACACAGGCUGGGCUAAGGAUGUUGUACUUUUCUUAAUAACUUAUAAAAGUGUAAUUUGAGAUAGGUUAAAACAUGGUAUUAUUUGAAUAUUAUAUAUUUUUGGUUCUAUUUUUCCACCAUGGAGGUCACCAUUUUUUCCCUUUGCAAUGCAUGCUGGGUUGAUUCAUUAGUGUUUUGGCUGGAUUGAGCUAGUGCUACAACACCUAGCAUAUGUGUAGCGGUAGCUACAAAAUUUCCGCCACGCCAACAAUUCCAUCUAGCGACCCCCUUUCAGAGGCAUAGACAGGUAUUGGGUAUUACAGGCUAACAAAGAACCCAAACGACCGAAAUUCUUAAUGGGUGGACCCGUUCGUCUAGUUCAAUUUGCAUGUUUUCUGAUCCAAAACAAGGCUUAGUUUUUGGUCCGCUCUAUAAAGCCUCUAACUCAACGCUAACUCUGACAUUUAGAAUUGAAAAACCUUCCUGGAUGGGAAGUGAAACGUCUUCAAACUAGUGUUGCGCCGGUGCCAUUUUUUGUCCCCGAUACCGAUACCUGGCUAUGCAGUAUGGCCGAUAUCGAUACUAUACCGAUACUAUCUGUUUGAAAUUGAUGUGUGUGUGUAUUUAUGAAGAACUGCGUACUACUUGGAUGUAAAAUAAUUACCAUCAUGGCUUUGUCAAGCUGCUGCCUACCUUACUAAUACAAAGUUAAUCCAGUAGAACCUUUUAUUGCCUAUCUGGAAUGGGCGACAAUAGUUAAAUAAACUUUUGGCUCUCAAAAUGGUAUCGGUGCUCUAUUUGUUGGUACUCGCCGAUACCGAUACCACCAUUUUAGUGCUGGAUCGGGGCCCCGCCUGAUACUGGUAUCGGUAUCGGUGCAACACUGCUUCAAACUUUGAAACAAAGUGCAGUGGAUUGUUUUUUCUUUACUUUCUUGGAACUAGCAUAUGUCAUUUACCCAGAAUGCAUUGCAGCUUAAACAACAUGACGACAUCUACCUAACAAUAUUCUAUUUCUAUUUAUAAAAACUAAAUAGCUAAUAGCAUUUUUACUGUCUUGUAUUUACUUUGAAAGAAAAUAGAAAGAAUGUUUUUAAAGCUAAUCGUGGAUUAGCAACGCAACUGAGGAUGUUUGUAACGACAUAAUCUUGCCAUUUGCAAGUUAUAUGUUUCAAGUUAUGGCUGUUUAAUUCUCCUCCUUUGAAUAAACAAGACCUAAAAACAACCUGCAGAGUUAUUAAUUUGCAGCUCUGCAAUGCAAAAGGCUAAGCCACUGGUGUGAAGCUGACCCGAAAGAGAUGUCAGUAUAUCUAGAAUGUAAGCUAUCUGUUUAGGUAUGUAUGAAUUACACAGGCAUGUACUGAAUCAUCUGUAGUUCAUCAUGGACUAACUUUUGUUGAUUCCUGUGGAAUAUUUAUAGCAACCCCUUUUCUAUGCAAAUUAAGCUUCUUAAGAAUGCAUAUGUGAUUUAUGUUGUACACAGCUUGUUAGAGAAUGCUUGUUGUGUUCAUGCCUUUGGUAUUAAGUAUAUAAAUUAUGCAGUGUUUGCAAUGUAUUAUUGAAUAUGUUGUUAAUGCAAUAAAAACAAAAAUCCAAUGCUUUGUUUUUC